GACCAGGGUAUGCAAGCCCCCUUGAGGCCAUGAAGGGACCCAGGGAGAAGCUGGUGUGGGUGCCCUGCAUUAAGACCAAAACAGGCAAGCCAGAUUACCUCGCCACAAUAGAUAUUGAUCCACAGUCUCCAAAUUAUUGCAAGGUAAUCCAUCGACUGUACUUGCCAUACUUGGAUGAUGAAAUUCACCAUACAGGAUGGAACACCUGUUCUUCAUGCUAUGACGAUCCCUCUCGUGUCCGGAAUAGACUUGUCCUGCCAGCUAUCGGCUCAUCAAGAGUGUAUGUGGUAGAUAUUUCAGAAGAAACUCAACCCAAACUCUUCAAGGUAUUAGAACCUGAGGUACUGAAGUCUCAUGGUGUGAGUCACCCCCAUACCACUCACUGUUUACCUAAUGGCAAGGUUAUGAUAUCUACCCUGGGUGAUGCACAAGGCAAAGCCAAAGGAUCUUUCAUAACCUUUGACUCCUUCACCUUUGAACAUACAGGUCCAUGGACAGAUAUGGACUCUGAGUAUGGAUAUGACUAUUGGUACCAGCCUACACAUGAUGUCCUUGUGUCGAGUGAAUGGGGUUGUCCCACAGCAUUCUUCAAGGGAUUUGACCCAAAGGAUGUAGAGGCUGGAAAUUAUGGAAGCCACAUCAAUGUGUACUCUUGGUCUAGCCAUCGUCUCCUGCAGAGCAUUGACUUAGGACUGGAGGGGAUCAUGCCACUAGAGAUUCGCUUCCUUCACAAUCCUCUUGCCACUCAGGGCUUUGUAGGCUGUGCCCUCUAUGCCAAUGUGUUCCGAUUUUAUAGAAAGGGGGACGGGACUUAGGGUCCAAAAGUGAUCAGCAUUCCAAUCAAGAAGGUAGAGGGCUGGGCCUUGCCAGAGAUGCCUGGUAUCAUGACGGACAUCCUUAUUUCUCUGGAUGACCGGUUUCUAUACUUCAGCAACUGGGCACAUGGUGAUAUUCGUCAGUAUGACAUCACAGACCCUGAACACCCUAAAUUGGUGGGGCAAAUAUUUUUGGGUGGAUCUAUUGUUAAGGGUGGGCCUGUGAAGGUUAUAGAGGACUCUGAGCUGACUGAACAACCAGAUCCUGUGCAUAUCCAAGGUCGACUGAUAGAAGGAAGUCCUCAGAUGUUACAAUUGUCACUGGAUGGAAAACGUCUCUAUGUCACAGACUCUCUCUUCUCUCCCUGGGACAAACAGUUCUACCCAAAGUUAGCCAAGAAUGGAUCACUAAUGCUGCAGAUUGAUGUUGACGUAGAAAAUGGUGGUCUCGCUCUGAACCAAAACUUCCUAGUGGACUUUGGAAAGGAACCGGAUGGGCCAGCACUAGCUCAUGAAAUCAGGUAUCCAGGUGGUGACUGCACAUCAGAUAUAUGGUUGCCCCCAGGGUCCUCUGAAUGUCCUCACAACAAGCAGGUCAAGCAUGACGCCGUUCAACCUUCCAAGAUAUGAGGGAUCCUCGGGCCAGAUACACCUAUUGUUUGAUUUAUACUUCGGGUUAUAAUAAAUAUACCACUAUUGGGUAAUUUUAAUAUAUAACACAUUUCUGUAUUGUUAUAUAUCAGCCAACUAAUUUUUAAAUAAAAUAAUAAUAACCACUGAUGUGCCAGAAAGUAGAGGUAAUAAAAAGUGUCAAUAACAUUCAGUAUUGUGAAAUCUUUUCUUUCCAGAGAUAUAUUUAACAUUUCAAAGAAAAUAAGUAAAUGAUACAUGAAUAAAUUAAUGAAUACUGUAAUGAUAAUGUUUAUAACUGUUAUUUUUAGUUUUAUAAUCAUCAUUUUGCUUUAUCUUCCAUCUGUAAUGCUUUCUCUAUAUAAUACAGGUUCAGAGGUUUUAUUAGAACUUUGAGCUAGGGCAGAGUUUAUCCAAUUUCACAAAAUUCAGUAACUUGCAUUCCUUGUAGGUAGUUCUUAGGCACAAUAGUGUUCCAAUGAAGAUUGGGUGGGUGCUGUAUAGGAGAAUCUAUUACUUAACACUUGGCUACCAGUUAACAAAUAUUUACUAAUUAUGUAGGUGUUGUACAAUAAUUUAAUGCUCUGUAGUUUAGGGCUGUACUUCUUUGUAAGCCAUCAACUAUAAUGGUCAAGAUGUAAGGACUAAAUGCAUAAAGAAGGUGCUUGAGGCAUUUUCAUAUGUUUGUUUUAAUAAGAAUAUAAAUAAAUUUUAAAUGGCUACCUAACACAAAAUUUAACUUAUGUCCUAUAAAAAUUGCAGGUUUGUUUUCAUUAGAAAAAUAUUCAUAGUGAAUGAAUGUUCUCUUAAAAAAACUCCAGUGCUGUCUACAGCACCAAAUUUUAACUGCCAAGUCACUUGGGUAGUGUAGAGUAAUUAACCCUCUCACAGGUUGGGAGUGCAGUGCAAAUCUCACCCCCUUGCAGGCCAUGAUACAAUGUGUAUCUUCCAAAUGAGUCUUUUAUUUCUAGGUAGAAUAUCUUGAAUUUAAUGUUGCAUUAUUCCUCCCACCUUGUGAUACACCGUCACCAAUGGACAGAGCUAAUUCAACCCGGGGAAACUGCAUCCCCCCUUAUACAUUUCAGGCUCAGUCACCUUCUUGAGAUACAAUUAUUCUCAUGUAAUAAUUUAUAGGGAUUCUUAUGAAAUUAUAUAUUGUUUGUUUUUUAAUUAGUAUACACCAAGUACAUGAAAAUAAAGUUGAAAAACAG